AUGAACACUCAAACAAACACCCCGGGCAAAGUCCAAAAGAAAAAAGAAACAGAAAGAAGUUGUCUCAGACUGAUUCCGCUGUUCGUCCUGCUCCGAUUGAUUGCUCUCGCUUAUCUUUCAAUGUCUCUAUUUCGAUAAUGAAUUCUGCUUUUUCAGCGGGGCUUCAUCAGAGAUGGUUUUCGUCUUUUUGGCGAUUGCCAGUGUUGUCGUUCCGGCUCUUCUGUGGGUCUACUCACGUUACAUAACUGAGGUUUUUCAAUCUUACUUUUUCAGAUCUGGAAAAGUAUGCCAAUAAAUAACUUGGAGUUAUUCGAACUUAGGCCCGAAACUUCGAAAUAUACUAAUUGUGAUCCUGAAAGCUUCAAUUCGCUCAGUUGUUGAGGAUGGUUUUUCAUCCAAAAAAUAACACUGGAAUAUCUGCUGUAUAUUCGAAUCACUUUGAAAUUCGAGUAAAAAACCACUUUUUUGAUUCCAUUGGAUUUACCAAAAAAAAAAAAACAUUUUAUCGAGAAAGUUUUCCUUCCGUCAAAGGUUGUAGAACUUUUUCUCACAUUUGAUGGUACAACUCAGGUAGUUGCUCAUUGAAGUCUUAUUCAACGAAAAUGGGAAAAAUCUAUCAAACUUUUUUCCACAUAAUCUUACAAAGACACGCACCAUUUCAUCGCGUUCGAAACUUGACGGUCAGGCCAUCGCACAUCUGAUAACCUGUCUCUUUGUUAUCAGUUUAUCUUUUUUUUGCGUAACAAAAAGCCGGAUUAUGUAAGAAAGAACUGUUUGAGUUUAGCAUUUGUGAAAAAGAAAAAGUUACAGGUUCCGAGGCACUACACGAAGCAUGGGUCAAGAUUACACGAAAAAGUGGAAAAGAACUUAACGUUGUUACGAGAAGUAAGACUGAAAAUUCACGCACGAAGUAAUAAAGCAACUUCAGAGCUAUCAUCCGAGUUGGUGGUGUCCUUUCGGAACUACUCAAACCAUUGUCCGACAAGUUUUUCGCGACUGCCCUUCACUUCCAUUCGUUCGGUAACUCUGUUUUCAAACUUUGUAAUAAAAUUUUCUUUUAAGAGAAAUAGUCGAGUUUGAAGACGGAGGUGCAUGCGGAAUUGAUUGGCUCGUUCCUGAGGGGUCGAACGACGAAACUCCUAUUGUUGUUUUUCUGCCAGGAAUCACCGGUUUUUUCUUUCGAUAAAGUGGAAAUAUUCUUGAAUUUUAGGCAGCACUCAUGAUUGCAGUUACAUUUUGCAUCCUGUAAUCGAAGCCCGAGACAAAGGAUGGAAAUCGGUUGUGGUGAAUCCACGAGGUCUUGGUGGAGUCAAGUUGAGAACUUCAAGGUAUUUGACUCCACGAGGAUCAAAAAUGAAUCUCCAACAUUCAUUAUAGAACAUACAAUGCAGCAACACCUCUGGACUUUAUCGAAGUGACUAAACUCAUCGACAAUCGGUUUCCGAAAGCAAAGAAGCUCGGCUGUGGCUUCAGCAUGGGAGGGUGAUUCAGAAAAGAAUAGAAUAGCACGGUUUUCUUUUUGUUUUACAGAAUGAUCCUUUGGAAUUAUUUGGCGAUGGUGGGUGACGAAGCCAAGCUCACAGGAGCCAUGAUCAUCUCUUCCCCGUGGGACCCGAUGGUUGCGUCGGACUCCAUUGAGGUGCUCUCGACCAAUGUUUUUUCUGAGCUGAUGUACUUCAGAGAUUCUGGCCCCAGCUUGUGUUCAAUCGCUUUUUGGCUAACAAUCUCAUCAAUCUUGUAAAACCGUGCGUGUUCAAAGAAAUUAUGAAAUAAUAAAGGAUAUUUUAGAUAUCGAGACUUGUUCGCCGAUGUGAUCGAUUUUGAGGCGGUUCUGAAAGUGGCCACCGUGAGGCAGUUCGAUAAGCAUUUCAUCACCCCUAUGUUUGGUUAUAAGAACUACGAGGAUUACUACAACGAUGCAGCUUUGCGAACAAAAGUUUACUAAUUCUUUAAAAUCAUUAAAAAUGUAAAAUUUUAGGUGAAGAAAAUCCGCAUUCCCACUGUGACAUUGAACUCCAUUGAUGACUGUUUCAGCCCUGUUGAGUGUGAGUGUUUCAAUUUUUUUCUAAAUAAGAAGCAAUUCUAAUAGUGAAGUGAAUCUGGUUGAAAUUCUUUCAAUCUAUGGGGUACAGAGAUUUUCUCAAUCUCAUUAGUGAAAAUUGAACUUUCAAACUUUCUAGCUCUAUAAUUGAAUAAGUUGCGCUGUUUCAAAGGCGUCAAUAAUUCAAAAGUUCUCAGAAACUAAUUAUAGGCAUCCCGAUCGAAGACAUGAUCGAAAGCGAAGAAGUCGUGGGAAUCAUCACGAAUCAUGGCGGUCACACUGCCUUCAUGGAAGCGGCGAAUCCAAACGCUCGAGGAAUGGUCGAGAAGCUGCUUUCUCAGUGGGGAACUCUCAUCUUCACAGACCUCAACUGA